CUCCUCACUACCCAGCUGGAAGCUGGAGGCUAGGUGGGGCGGGGCGGCGGGCCCCGACCCCGCCGGGGUGGGGCGGAUCCCGUCCCGGCCGGUUGCCCCGGGCUGGGGCCAGAAGUUCAGGCCGACGGGCCCUGUGGCGGUCGUGUUGCACUUGUGUGCCCUGAGGCCCGCGCUGAAAGCAGGCCUAGUGUUCCCGCCUCGCUCCUCAGGGAGGCAGGUCCCGGGGCUCGCGCGUGUCGCCUCCCCUCAGCGCCCACCGCCCGAAGAGUCAGUCGCUGGCCUGGGUCGCCGCCGGGUGGGAUAUAUCUGUAACUUGAAGGGAAGAUAAAGCAAACACCUUUGUAUAGAUGGGAUUUUGCCACUUUCUAUGAACUAAAGCGAUUCAAUGUCUCUUUUGGAUUGUUUCUGUGCUUCACGAACACGAGUUGAAUCACUCAGACCCGAAAAACAGUCAGAAACCAGCAUCCAUCAAUACUUGGUUGAUGAGCCAGCCAUUUCCUGGUCACCUCCGUCUGCUAGAGCCAAUGAAGUGAUAUGUUCCACUAAUGUUUCUCACUAUGAACUGCAAGUGGAAAUAGGAAGAGGGUUUGACAACUUGACCUCUGUUCACCUCGCACGACACACUCCUACAGGAACACUGGUAACUAUAAAAAUUACAAAUCUGGAAAACUGCACUGAAGAACGUCUGAAAGCCUUACAGAGAGCGGUGACUCUAUCGCACUUUUUCCAGCACCCCAAUAUUACAACGUACUGGACAGUUUUCACCGUUGGCAGCUGGCUUUGGGUUAUUUCUCCAUUUAUGGCCUACGGUUCAGCAAGUCAGCUCCUGAGGACCUACUUUCCUGAUGGGAUGAGUGAAACUUUAAUAAGAAACAUCCUCUUUGGAGCAGUACGAGGGUUGAACUAUUUACACCAAAAUGGCUGCAUCCAUAGGAGUUUUAAAGCCAGCCAUAUCCUCAUUUCUGGUGAUGGCCUGGUGACCCUCUCUGGCCUGUCCCAUCUGCAUAGUUUGGUUAAGCACGGACAGAGGCAUAGGGCUGUGUUUGAUUUCCCACAGUUCAGCACGUCAGUGCAGCCGUGGCUGAGUCCAGAACUACUGAGACAGGACUUGCAUGGAUAUAAUGUGAAGUCAGAUAUUUACAGUGUUGGCAUCACAGCCUGUGAAUUAGCCAGUGGGCAGGUACCUUUCCAGGACAUGCAUAGGACUCAGAUGCUGUUACAGAAACUGAAAGGCCCUCCAUACAGCCCACUGGAUGUCAGUGUUUUUUCCCAGUCAGACUCUAGAAUGAGAAACUCCCAGUCAGGAGUAGACUCUGGAAUUGGGGAAAGCGUGCUUGUCUCAACUGGAGCUCACACAGCCAAUAGUGACCGGCUCCACACGCCAGCCACAAAAACAUUCUCUCCUGCCUUUUUUAGCUUGGUGCAGCUGUGCUUGCAGCAAGAUCCUGAGAAAAGGCCAUCAGCAAGCAGUUUGUUGUCCCAUGUAUUCUUCAAGCAGAUGACAGAAGAAAGCCAGGACUCCAUACUCUCACUGCUACCACCUGCUUACAACAGGCCGUCAGCGGCACCGCUGCCAGUGUCUCCCUGGAGUGAGCUGGAAUGCGAGUUUCCUGAUGACAGAGACCUAGACUGGGAAUUUUAGGGUUGCCAAAGCAUGUCCUCUAUACUUGACAGCUUCUCCUUGCUGCUUGUCUUCUGUAUAGUUAGGUACAAAUGCCAGAUCUAUACUUGAAAAUACAGUUGGUGCACUGGAGAAUCCAUCAGUUAAAACCACUCUGCUCGGGGGGCAUAGAUGUAUCCCCUCUGCUUAGCUCAGAGUACCGUCACAACUGCAAUUGUCAGAGUUACAAUCCAGCUACAAUCAGUGUCAUUGCCCCCCCCCCACACACACUGUGACUGGUACUUUUCUGGGUCUCAGUGUAGUUUUUGAGCCACUUAAUUUUCUUCUACUUUGCUGUCCUCUGGGCAAUGAGCCCUCUCUUGGAGGACGGUGCUUCCAAGAACAUCUUCUCUUCCAGAUUCUCUAGCCUUUUUCAUCAGCUACUGUUAGAUGAACAGACUGCUUUAUUCUGGUACAAAGCCCCUUUUUUUUGGAGAAGGAAAAAUGUUUGUACUAUCCAUUUUACAUAUGGAAACAUCAAACUGAGCCUUGCUCACACUAAAUAAUUCACUUGAACUAUAAAGAGAAGAUGCAAUUUGCAUUUUAAAAGGGAGGGGGCUAACGUAACAUUUUUCUGCCUGUGUAAAUUAUAUAUUCUUAAUUCAUGCACCCUGUGGGAGCUCAAUAAAGAUUUAGUAAAUUGAACAUAUCUUUUAUUUAUUUUGUGUGGCUUAACAAAGCUAGAACACAGAUUUCUAAUUUGGCUUGCCAAGAGAAGCUCUUUUUCAAAACUAAUUUAUGUAACCUAGUAAACUGCAAGCAAUUUGAGUAGAUGAUAGAGACAGGCGACAUUCUGGCCCAUUAUAUGAUUGUU